AUGCUCAUCGGCUACCUCGACCAAGUAAGCCCAGGCGGUCUAGACUCCGCAAUCCUCUCCGCCCGCUCCAAAAACCCAGGCUUCAUGUCCAAACUAUCCAUCAAAGACGCCCCUUCCUUCCUCCACUUCGCAAACGACCUCCUCAAAUGGGUCCCCCGCGAAAGCUUCGAAGGUAAAGACAUUUACGACGUCCUCUGCAUGUUCUACUUCGUCCUCGACCAACCCCCACUCCGCAAACUCCAAACCUCGAUCAGUCCAGAUUCGAAGGGACUCACCUGGCUAUCCUCCUGGAUUGUAGUCUACGCCCAACUCGUCGGCCAGUUCCAAGACACACCCGCCUCCAUCACCCCCUCAUCACUCAAAUCCUUCAAAAACUCGCCCCCCUACCGCUUCCACGAAGCAGAUAUCCCAAAAGGCGGCUUCCGCACCUUCAACGCCUUCUUCACCCGCCGUCUCAAACCCGGCCUACGGCCAAUCUCUUCGCCAGACGAUGAUAGGGUGGUAGUCUACCCAGCCGACUGCACCUACGACAACUCCCUCACCAACCAAAGCGUCGCCAGAAUCAACGACGGCUCCGUGGAGAUCAAAAACGUCCGUUGGCCGAUUCGCAUGCUCCUCCAAGACAGCGAGCACGCCGCAGACUUUGACGGCGGAAUCUGGAUGCACGCAUUCCUCAACACCACAAACUACCACCGCCAACACGCGCCCGUGUCAGGUACCGUGCUCGAGGCGAAGAAUAUCCAGGGCAUGGCGCACCUUGAAGCUGAUUCCGUCGGCGGGCACGUCCGUAUGAUGGGCGGGGCGGAUUCGUCAGAGAACCCGGGGUAUCAGUUCCUUCAGACGAGGGGGCUGGUCGUGAUUGAGAACCCGGCCCUCGGCAAGGUUGCGUUCUUGCCUAUUGGGAUGGCCAUGGUUUCGUCUGUGGACCUGUUUGUCGCAAAAGGGGAUGUGGUGAGCAAGGGGGACGAGGUUUCGUGUUUCCGGUUUGGAGGGUCAGAUGUCAUUUGCAUUUUUCAGAAGAAGGCUGGGUUGAGGGUCGAGGAUUUCGUUCCCACGAGUGGUGAGUUUUCAAAGUAUGGAAGUAUUUUGGCUAGAGCGCCGGCAAGGGAUGAACACAUGUAA